UUCUCCCAUGAGUUUCUUUAGUUUUGAGACAUCUUUGAGCUCUUUGAAAUCUCACGUCACAGAGUUGAACUUUUUAAAACAAAUGUUCCUCGUUUCACUGAAUGAUUUACAGUGAAGGAGAAAGUGCAUCUCUGUUUCAACCUCACCUGUGGAACAAUGAUCACAUGUCCUGUUUUCUUUUGGUUACCAUGAUUUUGUUGUGUCUUCCUGUUUCGAUGGCCAGUUUGUGGUCACUGAGCCUGUACCUGGUUAGGCUCUGUCUCUGCUUUCUAUCUCUGACAGUAGAGGGAUAUUCUGCUGAUUUAUAAUCUCUUUUUUUUAGGGCCAGAUAACAUUAUAAUCUACUUUGGCUUUUAGUUUCUUCUCUCUCACACACAGACACACACACACACACACACACACACACACACACACACACACUCUCUCUCUCUCUCUCACUCUCUCUCUCUCUUUUGUGCGCUAUACUUUCUACUGAGGUAGGUGCAGACCGGGUUUGUAAAGCAGCUGUUGAGCAGAAUAGAAAAUAAAAUUCCUCCCCGUCGGGGAAUCGAACCCCGGUCUUCCGCGUGACAGGCGGAGAUACUGUCCACUAUACUAACGAGGAUUGUGGCAAUGCUGAAUCGCAAGACUGACCUUUGUAUGCAACCCAACCCUGUAUAUUCAUUACAUUAAUAUAACAUUGUAAAGUGUGGGUAUUGCUUGCGUACGCUAGCAUUUUUUUUUUUUUAUCGAGUGGCCACUCGUGGUACUGCAGGAAAAUGUCACCCCUUUACGUCUGAUUUGCUCUGAAGAUGCAGCAAGACCAGAAAACAUUUCACAUCUGUCCACUAUAAUAACGAUGAUUGAUAUGUGGGCAAUUAUUUUUUUUUAAUAAUCCUCUUAAGUGAGCAGAUAAUAGCUAGUAGACGCUAAGUCCCGUUUUUGUAGCCCUGUCUAAUUCAAUCAAACUUAUAUUCAGAGUGGGCCCUAAUUAAGUUUUUUUCUAGCCUUUGAGGGCCACGGUUUUCUAGUGAUUAUUCAUUGUCAUGUUCAAUGACUGAAACACAUAUAUACUCAUUGACGUCUGAUGUCUCCCGAAUGAAAUCAGGCGGUGAGUGACGAGCUUCCCAGGUGAGUCCCUCCCUAGAAUAUGCAAACUCUACAAGUGGCUCGCUCUGCUGAGUCGGCGCGUUUGUUAUCAUCCGUCUUCCUUUUGUAAUCUGUAGCACGGAAUGUAGGCGCAUUUGUAAUAAACAUGGGGGGACGCAUGCCGAUCACAGAUGAUCGAACCAUGCGAGGCUCCGACACUUUGUUCUCUGACCUUCUCGCGUUCCGCGUGGAUUCGGUCGCCACCUGUUUCUCCGGCGACGCGGACAAACUCUGCAUCCUCGUCGGUCUCAGCUCGUUGUCUGCGCUGAGUCUACUUCUGUCGUGCCUCGUUCUGCUGUAUCCGAGGUGCAAACGUCGCGCAGAAGGUCCAGGAGAAACCACCAUUGUCUUCUACUGCUUUCUCGGUAACCUCUGCAGCACCGUUGGAGCCAUUCUGUCGAGACAGCUUUACAUUCAGGUGUUGAUGGCUGCUUUUGCUGCUGCUGUGGACGCUGUCAACGUUUUGUCCUGCUGCUUCCCAGUGUUCCUGUGCUGGAACACAAAGGCAGAAAGGAGGCUGAGGAUCACGAGGAGGCGGAGGACACAGCAACUCCUUGCAGUGUGCGUGUUGAUGGUGGUUGCAGGAGGUUUUCUGAAGUCCCGGAUCAACCCAACAGACAGGCCUUUCAGUGGGAGGAGACUGCUGCGUGUCUCCCUCCAAGACAACACUGAAAUCCUGGGUUACAUGCUUGGCUUGAUCUCUUCUGUCAUCGUCUGUACCUCCAGGCUCCCUGCAGUCUGCAGAGUUUACAGAGGACAGACGUUGACCCAGGCCUACAUGUUGUCAGCACUGCUGUGCACAGUGGCUGGUGUCCUCUACGCUGCUGCCAUACUCCUCUACGACACCCGGAUUGGAUUUCUUCUGAGAGUCAUGCCAUGGCUGCUGUCGGCAAUAUGUGGUGUCACUCUGGAUCUUCUCAUCCUAGUCCUGCACCACUGCAAGACGGGAACCAGGCAGCGACACAUGAGCUAUUCUCCAGACACAGAGAGCCUUUUAGGUGGCUCAGGCAUCCGCUCUGAGAAUGCCGUCAUGAAGAACCAUCGAAAAAGAACAUUUAAUUCAUCCGCAGAAACAAAAACCAAAACUGUCCAGAAGAUGUCUGAAAUGGGCCGUUAUAUGGACGUCAGUAUUCGCCCUGCGAGAAAAAUGUGCCUACAGGAUGGGACACUGUCCAAGGAGGAGGUGGAGGAUGGGCCUCUGGACAGGACGGUGCGAGUGAUCAGAGUUGACGGUUUCUGCUCUUCAGAUACAUCCUGUGAAUCUUCACCAGUCAGUUCUGAUCUGGAGUGGGAUUUUGAAGAGGCACACGGCCAGUGGAGAGGACCAACAGCAAAACAACAGGAGGGUGAUGAGUUCCCCCUCCAGGAGCUUCCAGAAACCCCCAAACCCUUAAACACCUGCACCUGUGUCGUGUCUGGACUCCUACAGAAAACACUGCCUGGUAAAGAAGAGGAUGAGGGUUUCACUGCUGUAAGCCUGGCAAAGUGACAAAGAACUGUCAUUUUCAGUUUGUAAUAAGUUAGUAUACACAACUGGUGCUUUCAUUUGAGAGGUAAUAAAAUCUACAAGCAUUGA